GAUACAUUGAGAAACUCAGAUAGCAAUCGAAGCCUCUGUGAGACAGAUAGCCGUCUGGGAGCCACCAUUGCCAUCAAUAAGAACUUCCUCUCCAUAAAAAUCGACCAUCAGACGUACCUCGUGUUACGGUCUGUGCGCCUGGAUGGAAAAACCCAUUCCCAGAAACUAGUAAAAAGAAGAACAACAUGAUCGGAAUGUGCCUGAAGCUUACUAGUAACCUACAGUCUAUAUCCUGUAACAUGGAAUCCAAAAAUAUGGAAGAUAUGAAUUCUGUUGGCCAUUUAAUGCUGGAAGACACUCGACCGUUGACAUUGCCAGGGGAGGUUGGAUAAUCUACCCGUACGCCGAGGCUGGAAUGUCUGCAGCAUUUACAACAGACGGAUUAAAUGAAGUCAUUGGUGGUCCAGGGAUAUACCAAUGGCGAGGAGGAAUAAAACUCGUUCAAAGCAACGUGACGUACCACUACUCAUGGCUAGAAGGUCACACUAUGUAUGGAGGUUACGACGUUGCAAGUGGACAUAUUCUGAAAAAUGGCAGCGAGAAUAUUGCAGUAGGGUCCCCAAAUUUAUAUAGCAAACGCCAAGGACAUACAGGAAGAGUUGAAAUUCUUGAGUAUACAAAUAGAAACGGAGCCCGGUUAGAGAAAGAGGACUCUGUGGAAAUAGGCAUCAAAAGAGAGUGUGACGGAUUUACCGUGAUGGACGUAUCCCGUGACCGUCAGCAUGGUGCUAAAUUUGGUGCAACUGUGGCGGCCAUAGAUAUAAAUGACGACGGUAUUGAUGAACUGCUCGUGGGCGCUCCAUUGUACUCCGGCGAAUACCCGGAGGAAGGGCGAGUGUAUAUAUACACAUCCAACUUCGAUAAUAUUUGCGGACCAGUGUCGGUGUUAUCAGGAAAAGGCGCCAUUAUGGCGAGAUUCGGUUCGGCAAUUGCUUCAAUUGGAGAUAUAGACAGAGAUGGUGCAAUAGAUUUUGCCAUCGGUGCACCAUACGAGGAUGACGGGGUUGGAGCGGUGUACAUAUACAGAGGCAAUCUCGACUGUUUCUGUAACAUUAAUAACACAUAUUCGCAAAGAAUCUCAGGGAGUUUAUACAGUCCGAACACUCGAGGCUUUGGUUGGAGCAUCUAUGGAGAACAUGAUAUAGACGGCAAUAGCUUUCCUGAUUUUGCUGUUGGUGCCUACGACUCAGACCAGACGAUUGUGUUUCGUACCCGACCAAUCGUUGACGUCAAUGUGACGAUCAAUAUUUCUCCCAAACCAAUACCUCUAAACGUCUCAUUGGUGAACUGUUCCAAAGACAACAGACAGCUUUGCUUUAACGUUGAUUUGACUAUCAAUUUUACAUCAGUAGGGAUAAACAAAGGGGUCAUAAAUGAGCUUACCAUAGAACUGGAGCUUGAGGCGGAUAAACUGUUAAAACAAAAGGAUGGAUACAGCCGAGUGCUUUUUCGAGACAAUGGCAUAGACACACUAACUGAAAACAUCACAUUUCAAGGAUCUGGAGUACACAAAUCUUACAUACUUGACAUUGCGAUGAACGGGGACGAUCCGGAGCCUCGAGAUGCCUGGACACCUGUGUUGAUGGAAGGUCAUUUCCGGGUCCUGCCCCUACCCGUUGACUCAUUCAGUCAUCUUGACCCCAUACUGGAGGAUAGCGUAAAGCAAAAGUUCAGACAACAGGUACAGUUCGAUAAAAAGUGUGAGAGCCUUGAUCUUUGCACCUCUGACCUCACGCUGAGUGUGGACUUGCUACUCAAAGGAUCCGGUUUCUCCAAGGAUAUUGCGGACGACACUCCAAUUUAUGUCGGCGAGGGAGACAGAUUAAUUGUCACUGUAGAUGUAAAGAAUCUGAACGACACCUCCUACAAUGCGAAUUUCUCGAGUACAGUAGGAGCAGCCCGGAUUGGACAAACAUUGUCUGACCAAGGUGCAGCAUCAGCAGACUGCACACACACGCCUGACUUUGCAAGAACUUGGAGCACAUGUUUGGCCAAUAGCAAACUCGAUCGCAACGAAAACUUUAAAGUCAUAAUGGAGUUUGAUGUCUCAAAAGGGAAACUCAUUCCAGAAAACAACAUCGACAAGAUGCAACAAUUGCUUAAUGUUGAUGUCGAUGCCAAGCAAGAAAACCGUGACACAAAUCCUAAGAACAACAAAUUUGUAAAGAGUAUUAAUAUUCAACUCAAAUACAAAAUUCGUAUUCUGCCUGAGUAUGUAUAAUUAUAUUUUAUACAUUAACAUAUUCGUUUUGACAAUUUUUCAGUCCAUUAAACAAGGUAUCAACACAAACCGUUCAUCUGUUCAAGUUAAAUAGGUCGUAAAGUUUUGUUUUAUAUACUUCAAUUUUGAAUCAUUAUAUGUAGUAACAUUCAAAUCUAAGGUAUAUAUGAAAAAUAUUUGCCUUUCUACCUGAGUAUUAAGAGUUAAAUUUGUUUUUUUCAAAUAUAAAAGUACAAUGUGUAUACUUGUUGUCAUAAACAAUACAAG